AUGGCUAUUGAUAAAUUGGGUGGUCAUAUUGAUAUUCUAACCACUUUGCAAUAUCUCACAGUUGAAAGGAAUAUCCUUUUUGAUAGCACGCUUUAUGUAAUUUUUAGCAUUGGUAUAAAAACCAG